AUGACGCCCUCGGAUUUGGCGGACUUGGCUUCCGCCGAGGUGGCCACCAACCCGGCCAAGGUGCUCGAGAUCUACCGGCGCCAUGUGCAGAGUGGGGGCAUGGACGCGACGGUCUUGAUCCGAGCCUUCGCCCAGCUGGGGUUUCUCUUCGAUCCCAACUCCUUCUUCUCCUCAGCCGACCGGCAAAUCCUCACCCGGCACCGGGAUUUCCGGUGCUUGGCCCACGACCUGUGGAAGGUUCGAGCUGAUCUUCCAGAUGCUGUGGUGCCCCUGCUGAUGUAUUCCAUGGCCUCCUUGGACUACCGCUGUGCUCCGCUCAUGCCGCAGCUCCUGCCGGCAGUGCUGCGGCAUGUCAAGUGCCUCCGCCCCAACGUCCGGGCGAAGGAGUUAGCCAAUCGAGAUGCUGAUGAUGAGACGACCGUUCAUGACUGGGCUCGCGCUGCGUUUGCCUUGGUUAUGUCGAAUCACUGCGAUGCUGAAGGGCCCAGCGGGGUCCCGGUUCUGCCUCUCUUUGUGAGCCGGGCCUGUCAACUCCUGGCGACGAAGACGGAGUUGGAAAACUCCGGUUGGGCCCAAUUCUUUCUCUACCAGACCCUCUACUGCGUGGAUGUCGAGAAACCCGCCUGUGAGGAAGCGGUGAAGCGUGCAAUGCCCAUGUGGAUCCAGGAGGUGCUCCACCACCGGUGGCUGGAUGACAUCGUGCUCUUAGCUCAGCCCCAGGGCGCCGACGAGAUGCAGCGCGAUGUGGAUCGCUGCCUGCAACGCACCAACACCCAGGCCCUCUUGAACUGCUCAUUUGGUCGAGACUGGGACGAGCAGCACUGCUGGUUUGCUGGCUUCUUGAUGCAGCCCAAGGUGGCCCUCGAGUGCGACAGCAUGCUGCCCUUGGGACGAGGUCGUCCACGGCCAAGUGGAUGGAUCGCAUUGAAGUCCCGCAUUGCGCGCAAGGUUGGGCUUCGAGUGGUGACGCUGCAUGAUUGCUUUUGGCGGCACCUCACUGAGGACCAGAAAGACGAGCAGAUGCUCCGCAUUCGAAGCCAGAUGGGCUAUCAGCAUGACAAGAGUCUGGAGAAGACGCGGAAGAAGAUCCGGCAGACGCCGCACACCUACCAGGGCUUGGAGACGAAGCGGAAGGAGUGGUCCCCGCAACCUGGGCCUCCCUCGGAUGAAACGGCCUUCACCUGA